AUGCACACAAAGACAGCCCUCGUGAGCGCGCUGGCCGCGCUCGCGACGGCCACGGCGGCGGCACCGACGGGCGGGCUCUCCAGGAAGGCAGAGACCGCCGGUUCCGGGGCCAGCCUCGCCAACAUCAAGCAGGCCGCAGCUCCAGCAGCCGGCGGCGGCGGGCCCGGCGAUAUCGCCGGUCUCCUCGGCAGGCUGACGGGCAGCAGGGGAGCCGCAAGUGCCGGAGCCGGUAGAGCUGGCGGGCUAGGAUCGAUCCUCGGCCUCCUCGGAGGUGCCGGAGCCGGCGGGGCCGGUGGCGCGGGCGCGGGCGGCGGCCUCGGAGACAUCCUGGGUCUCCUAGGCGGGGCAGCCGGCGGCACGCCAGCAGCAAAGGACGUGGUUGAGACCAACAACAAAAAGGCGGCGGCGGCGGGCGGAGGGGGCGCUACUGGCGCAGGUGGCGGAGGCAAGGGCAAGGGCAAGGGCAAAGCGAAGGGGGGCGGGAUUGCUGCCCUCUUGGGUGGUGCGGGCGGCGCGGGCGGUGGCGCCAACCCUUUGGCAGGUCUUCUCGCAGCAGGAGCCGGGGCGGGCGCCGGAGGAGGGUGCGGCAAGGGAAAGCCUGCUGCUCGCUCAGUUGUCGGCAGAGAUGAGGUGGACGAGAGUGGUGAUGAUGACGACGAAGAGGUCGAGAUCGAGUCCGACGACUAGGCGACAUGGUGGAUGGGGGCUGCCGCGCGUUUUCCGCCUUCUGAAU